AUGCAAUUUGAUCUUGCAUCGGUCGUACCUUUAUUAAUCAUUCUGUUGGUCACUAAUCUACUCACUAGAAGGCUGUUCAGCAAAGUCUCAGCAAAUAAAAUGGUUUCCCAACAAACUAUCUCUCGCGUCAAGGACCUCAUUGGUCAAAAGAAAGUGUUUGUUGCGUCGAAGACCUACUGCCCCUACUGUCAAGCUACCUUGAAGACUUUGUUUGAUGAGCUACACGUCUCUAAGGCGCAGUCCUUGGUGCUGCAAUUGAACACCAUGGAGGAUGGGGCGGAGAUCCAGGAAGCUUUGUUCCAGAUCAACGGUCAGAAGACUGUUCCUAACAUCUACAUCGACGGUAAGCACAUUGGUGGGAACAGUGACUUGCAGGAGUUGAAGAACUCAGGCAAGUUGGAAGAACUACUAAGAGAUGCUCUCGAGUAG